GGUUUCAUAAAGGCUCAUCCAACAGCGACUUGUUUAUUCGUAUUCUUGCUGUAUUGUCACUGACAAUUUGAUUGACUUUUGGUGUAUAGGACUUUCCAAACACACAAGCCAACGUUUGAACCUGUAUUUACACCCGUACCUGGCCCAAUAUUUCUGUGUGCCUAUUUUUUGUGUGAGCAUUUGCAUUCGGGUCGAAUCACGCCAACCUGGAAUCCAGAUUUCUUGAUUACUAAAAAGAUUAAUUUUGCAUUUUCAUUCACCUACCAUUCAUCAUGUCAGAAAGAGGUCCCGAUCAAUGGUUGGAACAGAUCAAAAAAUGUAUUGCAUUAACUGAGUCUGAUAUGAAACAGUUGUGUGAGCUUGUCAAAGAGCUUUUAAUGGAAGAAUCUAACAUUCAACCAGUUCAAAGUCCCGUAACAGUUUGUGGGGAUAUUCAUGGACAAUUCCAUGAUUUAUUGGAGCUCUUCCGAAUCAGCGGUGGCUUACCGUCAGAAGACAAUAACAAUAAUUUUAUAUUCUUAGGUGAUUAUGUGGAUAGGGGAUACUUUUCUUUGGAAACUUUCACCUUAUUAAUGGUGUUAAAAGUCAAGUAUCCCAACAGAAUUACGUUGGUGAGAGGAAAUCAUGAAAGUAGACAAAUCACUCAAGUGUAUGGAUUUUACGAAGAAUGUCUAACCAAAUACGGUUCUACCACUGUUUGGAAAUACUGUUGCCAAGUGUUUGAUUUUUUAACGUUGGCAGCCAUUAUUGAUGGGAAGAUAUUAUGUGUUCACGGUGGUUUAUCCCCUGAGAUCAGGAUGUUGGAUCAAAUCAGAGUCUUGAGUAGAGCUCAAGAAGUGCCCCAUGAAGGAGGAUUUUGUGAUUUGGUUUGGUCUGAUCCUGAAAAUGUCGACACUUGGGCCGUUAGUCCCAGAGGUGCUGGUUGGCUUUUUGGAUCUAAAGUCAGCAGAGAGUUCAAUCAUAUUAAUAAUUUACAGUUGAUAGCUAGAGCUCAUCAGUUGGUGAUGGAAGGGUUCAGGUAUCAUUUUAAAGACAAGGAUGUGGUAACCGUUUGGUCUGCUCCUAAUUACUGUUACAGAUGUGGAAAUGUUGCCAGCGUUAUGAAAAUUGAUGAACAAUUGGAUCCAGACUUCAAAAUAUUCUCUGCUGUCAAGGAUGGUGAUUUGGCAAUCAAAACUAACACUAAUAAGCAAAAUAGAGGUGAUUACUUCUUAUAAGCUCGGUCUGAUAAUUAUCUCAUGUACAUUAAUGAUAGACAAAUGGGGAUGAUCUUCUAUAUUCCGUUGAAAUGAUAACGAUUAUGAUGAAUGUUUGUAUAGUACAUUUAUUUAAUAAUUUUAAUAUAAUUUAAGC